AUGGUGAGCACAGAAACAUCAGACACGGGAGAAAGUACAGCGAAUAUGGGAGCCGUCAACAAACUGAACGUGAAUGCUCCCAGUUUUUCUCCCAACCAAGCAUCAUCUUCGCAUGCAUCAAAUAAAGGGAAAAACACAGAGUCUCGUACUAUGAAGCGAUCGAAUUCACGUGGGUCUUCCAAGAGCAGUCAAAGAAUGCCUCGAAAAAAUCAACCUUCUACUACAGGCGGAAAAUCACAUAAGAGCAACACACGACCAAGCAAAAAGACGAGCGCCGUCGCUGAAGCAAUUAAUGAGUCGUUAGAAGAUGCCCAAAACGAAGAUGAUGAUCAUCUUUUUGAUAUUCUGUCUGGUAGGACGAAUCGUCGUGGUCAAAUAAGUUUAAACCACUUAUUGAAUUUCCAAUUUGCCCCAAGAAAUACGUACAGCACAAUGUCUGCUCCUAGGCGAACUAGACAAUAUAAUACUUACGGUUAUGGCUCAGGCUAUCAUCCCAUGGAUAAGGCCCGCUAUGUGAAUGCAAAUUAUCGAUUUAUUGUCUCGCCUUUGGGAGAAUAUGCUUAUCAAAAGUUAGAUCCAGACGCUCCUGUGAAGUGGGAAGAUGUUUGGCAAGUAUUGUGCUCUUCUGAUUUUCAAGUUGCUGUUUGUCCUUUUUGUCUCGGUGAAAAGCCGGUUGCGGCUCGUAUGUCCCGAUGUGGUCAUGUUUUUUGUUUCCCUUGCUUACUUCGGUAUAUGGAAACACCUACGAAUGAAGAAGUAAAGGCAGCUGAGCAUUCCGGUUUUAAGGUUCCAAGAUGUGGUAUUCGAACGUGUCCGAUUUGUUUGGAUGUUAUUAGGAUUCGCGAUAUUCGCCCUAUCCGUUGGGUACAGGAUGAAGAAUUUCAAAAAUUAGAAGAAGGAAAGUUGGUAUGUCUUCAUUUAUAUCAAAGAAAUGUCGGUUCAAUUUUGGCAUUCCCCAGAGCGUUUCGAUCUCUUGCGGUUGACGGUUCAUUCCAUACUGACAAUUUACCCAACGUCUCUAUGGAUGGUGCCGCGUAUGCUCGUAUUAUAAUCGGAACUCAUGAGUACAUGCUUCAACAACAUAGCAACGAAAUCGAACAGUUAGCUCAAGUAGCCGCUGAAGAUGUCGAUUUGUAUGGAGUGGCAGAUGAUUAUUACGAAAAAGCUACUGCAAAGCUUCUUGAUCAUACAACCGUUUUAUCCUCCAGUCUGGAUCAAAAUGAAAGAGCCUCGCUUGUGGCUAGUAUUGAUAACCUAAGUUUACAAAAUAACGCAUUAAAACAGCUGUCGAAUGUUGAAGAUCUUGGAAAGGGUGCUGGUGAGUCGGGAGAGACAGAAUCCUAUCUAUUCUACCAACCGUCAGCACAUUCACAUGUAUACCUAGCACCAUUGGAUAUUCGAAUACUGAAAACAGCAUUUGGGUCGUACGCCCGCUUUCCGAAUGAACUGCGACCUAUCGUAGAAAGAAUUUCUUCAGGACAUUCCGUAAACGCGGAAUUUAGGCAACGCUUCAAAUAUAUGGGACACCUACCUGAAGGCUGUGAAGUCGCCUUUAUAGAGUGUGAUUGGUCCAAAGUAGUCCCCGAAGAGACGUUGAAGGUGUUUAGGGCCGAAAUCAAUAAACGUCGUAAGCAACACAAGGCCCAAGAAACACGGGAAGAAAAAUAUCGACAAAAAGCACAGCGAGCUACUGAGGAUCAAAUUUAUACAGAACUUAAUAUGCAACGGCCUAUAAGGCGUCAAAUAGUCGAAGAAGAAAGUACGGCUGAUGCCUUUCCUACCUUGGACUCCCUGAAUGCGGCUGGUGAGGGCAAUUCAUCAACACAUUCGAAUGAGGAAACCCAAGCUUCUAAUAUGGUGGAUACUAGUCAAAAGGCGGCGGAGAAACAGAGAGUACAAACGGUAUGGGGAACACAGGCAAUUUCUGGAGCUUCGUAUGUAUCCGAUGAAAGUGAUGAUUCGGAUGCCUGGAAGGUCGAAUGGGACAAGGUUGCAAACAUGAGCACGAAUACCAAAAAUUCAAAGAACAAGAAAAAGAAAAAACUUGUAUUAUUAAGCACCGGAGGAGGGCGCCGGUGA